GGUCGUGUAGAGGCUCCCAGAACCUGCGUGCUGCCUAGGGAGGAAGCGAAGGGCGCCAUUUUUGUAGUUUAUAUUAUGAAUUCUCAAGAGAAGACAGAAGAGCAUCCUUUUGCAGAUAUAUUUAAUGAAGAUGAAGCUGAAUAUAACUUUUUGCUGUCUAAACCUGUUUGCUUUGUUAUAUUUGGGAAACCAGGGGUUGGGAAGACAACUUUAGCUCAUCAAAUAACACAGGCAUGGAAAUGUAUUCGUGUAGAAGUUUUACCAAUUUUGGAAGAACAGAUUGCCAGGGAAACUGAAUCAGGAGUUAUGUUGCAAUCAAUACUGCUCAGUGGUCAAAGCAUUCCAGAUGAACUUGUCAUAAAGCUAAUGUUGGAGAAGCUCAACUCCCUGGAAGUUUCUCACUUUGGUUAUAUUAUCACUGAACUACCAUCACUUUCACAGGAUGCCAUGACUACUUUGCAGCAAAUAGAAUUAAUUAAAAAUUUAAAUUUGAAACCUGAUGUUAUAAUCAAUAUUAAGUGCCCUGACUACGACCUAUGCCAAAGAGUUUCUGGGCAAAGGCAGCACAGUAGUACAGGGUACCUAUACAGAAGAGAUCAGUGGGACCCUGAAGUCAUUGAGAAUCGUAGGAAAAAAAGGAAGGAAGCCCAAAAAGAAGGAAAAGGAGAAGAGGAAGGUGAAGAGGAGGAAGAACAAGAAGAAGAAGAGGCAUUUAUUGCAGAAAUGCAGAUGGUGGCUGAAAUUCUUCAACAUGUAGUUCAGAGACCUGAGGAUUAUUUGGAAAAUAUUGACAACAUUGUUAAACUUUAUAAGGAAAUAAUUCUUCGUCCUUUAGAAGAAGUAAUGGCUGAACACAAUUCCCAGUAUCUCAUUGAGCUAGAUGGAAAUAAACCCCCAGAGGAGCUCUUCAUGACGGUUAUGGACCGACUUAAAUAUCUGAACCUAAAAAGAGCAGCUGUUUUGACUAAACUUCAGAGUGCAGAGGAAGAAAUUACUGACAUAAUGGAAAAUGAUGAGCUGUUCCGUACUCUGGCAUCUUAUAAACUUAUCGCACCAAGAUAUAGAUGGCAGAGAAGCCGAUGGGGACGAACAUGUCCUGUGACUCUCAAAGAAGGUAACAUUUUUCCAGGAUUACCAGAUUUUUCUGUGAGUUUUCUAGGUAAAAUAUACUGUCUUUCAACAGAAGAAGCAUUAAAAACAUUUUUAUUGAACCCACGUCCCUAUCUUCUUCCACCUAUGCCGGCACCACCAUUUAAAGUGUUCAUAUUUGGGCCUCAAUCUUCAGGGAAAACAACACUUUGCAAUUUGCUUGCAGAAAAUUACAAAGGAAAGGUAAUUGACUAUGCCAAGCUUGUUCAACCGCGUUUUGAUAAAGCCCUUGAAAUGUUAGUGAGAGAUACGAUAGCAGAGGCCACUGAAGCAGCGAUUAAAGCUGUGAGAGAGCAGCUCUUCAUAAAGCUACAAGCUAAAAGACAAGCACAGUCAACUUCAAGAAUACUUGAAAGAGAAUUUGAAAGGAAAGAAUAUGACAAGUUCCCAUCUGAUGCAUAUAAGAGUUUAGAAGAGUCACGAUCUUCAUUUGAUGAAGAUGUGUUCACUCAUGAAUCCCAAAAAGAUCGUUUUUUAGAAGACAAUGAAGACAAAAAGAUUUCAGAAAAUGUCUUCGAUGAUCAGGCCUCUAAAACUGGUAAAGAUGAUGCAUUAGAAGACUCAAUAGAAGAGGUAACUGCAGAGCAUCCAGAGGUUCUUUCUAUGAUAGAGGAGACUGUGAAAAUGACAAAGGAUAUGAACUUUGAACAGCCAUAUGAAAAACAUGCUGAAAUCUUAGAGGAAAUCAUCAAAGAGGUAGUUGAAGAAAACACAAAUAGGUUUUCUGGUACCCCAAAGUAUGGAGGAUGGAUACUGGACAACUGCCCUGUUAUGAAAGAACUGUGGAUAGUCUUAGUCGAGAAAGGAAUUAUACCUGAUUUAGUAAUCUGUUUAUCAGAUAUGGAAAACAAUGGGAAAUACUUACUUAAUAGACUGUAUUUAGAGAAUAAGACUGAAGUUGACUCUAAGAUUUUAGAAAGAUUAUUAGAUGAACUGCAAAAGAAAAAAAAGGAGGAAGAAGCAGCAAGAAAAGCUGCUGAAGAAGCAUUGAGAAUAGAGGAAGACCAAAGGCAAUUGGAAGCUAUGAGCGAGAAAGCAAAAGAAGUAGAAGAGGCUGAACCGGAGGCUGAAGAGGAGAUUGAAGGUGAGGAGCCUGAAGUUCAGGAAGGGUCUGAGGCCCUGGAGGUAGCCGAGGACACCAAGGGAUCCUUACCUGAGGAGUCUGAAGCACCUGAGGUCCCUGGAACAGAACCUGAAUCAGUAUUUGAGCCUGCUGAGGAUACUACAGUUGGAACAGAGAUUUCAAAAGGAUCCAAAGAGGGCCUAGAAACUAAAGAGUUAUCUGAAACAGUUGUACUCCCUGAGUUUCCAGAAGAUGCUUAUCCUGAUGUUCCUGAAAUGGAGCCAAUUAAAGAGAAGAUUAAACAUUUCAACUACAUGUGGAAACAUCUGGAAGCAACAAUCAAUGAGUCUUUCGUUCAAAUUUUAAACUUGGAGAUUGCUGACAAAACUCCAGAGGAACUACUUCAAAAAGUAGUUGAGACUAUGGAAAAACCCUUCCAGUAUGUUGCAUGGGAGUUAACUAUGGAAGAUUAUGAUGAAGAAACAGAAGACUAUCAGGCAGAAGCUGAAGUUGAUGAGGAGCUAGAAGAGGAAGAGGAGGAAGAGGAAGAGAAUGAAGAUAGAAUUAAGGAGAAGAGAAGGCACUUGGGAGAUACAAAGCACUUUUGUCCAGUGUUUCUCAAAGAAAACUUCAUCCUACAACCAGGCAGCAUAGAUGAAGCAGCUAAAUAUCGAGAAAAAAUCUACUACUUUUCAAGUCCUGAAGCUAAAGAGAAGUUUCUGGAGCAUCCUGAGGAGUACGUGGCUCAUAAAGAACCAUUAAAGGCUCCUCCAGUAAGAAUAUGCCUUAUUGGCCCCCAUGGUUCUGGCAAAACCACCUGUGGAAGACAAUUAGCAGAAAAAUGGGGCAUUUUUCAUAUUCAGUUUGAAGAAUUUCUUCAAGAGAAACUAAUGCUCAAAACCGAAAAGAAAAUUGGAACUGAAUUUGAAGAAGACUCUGAUGAAGAACAGUUUACAAAACAAGAACUUGAAGAACUUGCAAUUCAGGCCAAAGUCAAGAUUGAAGAAGAAAAUACAAGGAAGCCGCCUCCAGAUGUGCAAUUUACAGAAGAAGAAGAAGCAAUCAGAUUAACUCUAAUGGAAAAUCAGCCAUUGCCUCCCGAAAUUCUUGAAACAAUUCUUUCUGAGUGGUGGCUUAAGGAACCAAUACGUUCCACAGGUUUUAUAUUAGAUGGUUUCCCACGAUAUCCUGAGGAGGCUCUGUUUCUGAGGGAAUGCGGAUUUUUCCCAGAUGCUGCUGUUUUUAUACAAGUUGAUGAUCAAGAUAUUUCUGAUCGACUCCUUCCUUCCCAAAUUGAAAAGUGGAAACAGAAACAAAAGAAAAAAUUAGAAAGGAAAAAACUCAUCAAAGAAUUGAAGGCAAAAAUCAAGGAUGAUAUGAUUUCUAAAAGAAAGGCUGAACUUCUAGCAGAGAAAGAAAAAAGACAUAAAGGGGAGAUUGGUAAAGAAGGUGAAGACUUCAGUGAAGAAGAGCCUGAAGAAGAUGAAGAUGAUAUUGACAACAUCCUUGAAGAUGAAUUUCCAAAAGAUGAGGAAGUGAUGAGUGAGGAAGAUGAAGAACAGGAAAUUGAUGCACUUGAGCGCCUGAGAGGUGAACUGGGAGAAAAAUUUGAAGCAGAUAUGAGUAAUUUACAAGUAAUACAGGAUGAAUUUGAGAAGCUUUUGAUCCCAGUGAUUCUCAUUAAUGGAGCUCAAAAAAUCCACAUUGUACAAUAUAAUAUGAAUAUGAAACUGAAACCACUGGUGGAGAAUCGUGAGAGCAUUUUUGAAAAAUGUUAUCCAAUAGCAUCACACCUUGCCCAGAAAAUGCUUAGCUAUACCUAUAAGUAUGUAAGCGCAUUUGGCUACUGGGACCCCGUAAAGCUAAGUGAAGGAGAGACAAUCAAACCAAUUGAAACUUCAGAGAAUCCAGUCCAUGCUGUAAUCCAUCGUCAGUAUAUUUAUUUUUUAUCUAGUAAGGAAACUAAAGAAAAAUUUAUGAAGAACCCAAUCAAAUAUAUCCGCCAACCCAAACCCAAGCCUACUGUGCCUAUUAGGAUUAUGAUUCUGGGACCUCCAAAAUCUGGGAAAACUACAGUUGCCCAAAAAAUUUCAAGUGAAUAUGGCUUAAAGCGUUUGUCAAUAGGAGAAGCUUUGCAUUAUGUAUUAAACAGCCAACCAGACACAGAGCUGGCACUCAUGUUAAAUUGGCAUCUUCAUAAAGGAAUGACAGCCCCUGAUGAACUGGCUAUUCAAGCCUUAGAAAUCUGUCUGAUGGAAAGCAUAUGUAAUAUUGCAGGUGUUGUCAUCGAUGGCUACCCUGUAACUAAAUAUCAAGUGAGUCUCUUGGAAGCUAGGUCAAUCAUCCCCAUGGUCAUCUUUGAGUUGGAUGUGCCUUCCAAGGAGAUUUUCAAAAGAUUGUUCCUGGAAAAAAAAAAGGAACAAAGUUUGCCUUAUCCACUGCACAAUAGCACACAGAUUACAGCUGUCAAAAACUCAAAAUACCAUAAAAAUAUUGAUGAGAUUAGGAAAUAUUAUCAAGAACAGCAUCAGAACUGGUAUGUGAUUGAUGGAUUUCACAGCAAAUGGUGGGUGUGGAAUGAAGUCAUUAAGAAAGUUCAAAUGGUGAAUAAAUAUAUGCAGAUAUACCUGGAAAGAAUAAAAGCAGGAAAAGCUGCCUGCAUAGACAAGUUAUGUAUCACACCUCAAGAACUGAUUUCUCGCCUGGGCGAAUUUGGACAGUUCUGCCCUAUCAGCCUGGCAGAAUCACAUGAACUAGUUGAUUGCUCUAUAACUGACUCAUUGGAAUUUGCAGCAGAGUUCAGAGGGCACUAUUAUAAAAUGAGUUCUCAGGAAAAUCUGAACAAAUUUUUGGAGAACCCAGAAUUGUAUGUGCCUCCGUUAGCACCUCAUCCACUACCACCUGCCGACAUGAUCCCCAAAAGGCUGACACUGUCAGAGCUGAAGAGCCGAUUCCCCAAGUGCGCGGAGCUGCAGGGCUACUGUCCAGUGACCUAUCAGGAUGGAAACCACAGAUAUGAGGCCCUUGUACCUGGUAACAUUAAAUUUGCUUUAGAAUAUCGUGAUCGUAUAUAUAUUUGUGAGACUAGAGAAAAACUCGAGAAAUUUUUGAGGUUGCCAGAGAAAUACUGGAGCCAGAAGCUUCCGCACAAACUGCCCCCGUUGAAGGAGCCCAUCCAUCUCACGAGUCUUCCUUUGCCUGGAUAUCUGGAACAGGGCAUCGCAACUUCACUAAUUAAAGCAAUGAAUGCAGCAGGAUGCUUAAAGCCCAAAUUCCCGUUUUUAAGUAUAAAGAGAUCUGCACUGCUAUAUAUAGCAUUUCACCUAAAAGCCUUCAAUCCCAAAAGUUCUGAAUAUACAAGAAGGAAGUAUAAGAAGAAGUUGGAGCAGUUUAUGGAGAGAUGUGAACUCAUCACAUACCUGGGUGCCAAGAUGACCAGAAAAUACAAGGAACCUCAGUUUAGAGCCAUUGACUUUGAUCAUAAAUUACAGACCUUUCUCUCUCUUAGAAAUAUAGACCCAGUUAAUGGCUAGUUUGCUUGGGCAACUGCAACCAGGACGUCAAGAGUUAUCUGAAAGGGAUAGAAGGAAAUAGGUUGAAAAUCUGGCCCUGUCUGCUGUACUUUUUCCCUUCUGAGUGAUACACUGUGGCUGCCGGCCGUCAAAUGGACUCAAAGCUCUACCGUCCCAGAAAGGGUGCUCUUCUGGAAGCAUACAUCUUGACAUAAUUUAAAAAUGUAUCUCUCUUUGCACUCAUGAUUUGCAUUCAUACAUUCAUGCUUUAACGACAUAGUUAUUCCAUUUAGAAUAUUUAGGUAACUUAUUUUACUUAAUCUAUUGUUCAAUUUCCUUUUUAACAUUUUCAGCCUCUGUUAAAGAAAAUUAGUAAAUGUUAGAAAGCUUCCAGAAACAAAAUUAACAUUGAUAUAGAUAAAAUAGAAACUUUGGUUACACUUACAACAUAAGGAGUUGUUUGUAAACUUCAUGAACCUGAGACACUUUUAUCAUUUUCCCAACAAAAUAAAUGCAUUGAGA